CACAUUUGCAUUUGCGCUGUUUUCACUUUUUCUUCUUUUUUUUUCCUUUGUUUCAUCAAGGGUUGGGUUUAGUUCGUUCAUUCUUUCUUCCCAGUUUGAGAUCUAGGGCCAAAUCCCGCCAUCCCCCACCCUUUCCCGCCUAGCCGUUAAUGUUUUAAACCCUUCUCUCCCCUCAUUACCUUCACAUCCUUCUCGACCACUAGUUCGAGGGAUUCCAUUUCUUUCUCCGUUUUCGUUUCUGAGUUCUCACUGACCAGAAAUGUCGACGACGGAAACGGAGAAGACGCCGGAGGAGGAAAAAACGGUAAAGCAGGGCGGAGAGUUAUUGUUCUGUGGAGCAACCAACUGGGAUACUAUAGGUAAUAAAGGAGCUCCUGGCGAAUUCAACUUGGUCUCCCCAACACGCCUGCGUCCAUUCGUUGGUGUUGACAUUCGCUUCGUAGCUUCCGGUUGCACUUCCUGUCAUUGUGUGGCAUUGGAUGUUGAAGGUCGCUGCUAUACCUGGGGUCGGAAUAAGAAGGGACAGCUCGGACAUGGAGAUUACCUUCAGCGUGACAGGCCUACAGUCGUGUCUGACCUGUUGAAACACACAGUCAUUAGAGUGGGUGCUGGGAGGAGUCACACUGUGGUUGUCACUAACGAUGGAAAUUCCUUCUCUUUUGGAUGGAAUAAGCAUGGGCAGUUGGGUUCUGGUUCAAUAAAGAAUGAGUUCGAGCUGUCACCGGUCCGCUGUCAGGUUACUGACGUCACAAAUGCUGUUUGUGGGGCUGACUUUACUGUGUGGCUAUCUUCUGUUGAAGGAUCUUCUAUAUUAACUGCAGGUCUUCCACAAUAUGGUCAACUUGGACAUGGAACAGACAAUGAGUACAAUUCUAAAGAAAGUUCAGUGAGACUUGCUUACGGACCCCAGCCUCGCCCAAAAGCUAUAGCUUCCCUUGCAGGAGAAACUAUUGUAAAAGUUGCAUGUGGAACAAAUCAUACGGUUGCUGUGGACUCAAAAGGCUUUGUCUAUACGUGGGGAUUUGGUGGUUAUGGAAGGCUUGGACAUAGAGAGCAGAAGGAUGAGUGGGUUCCUCGUCGUGUUGAAGUCUUUCAAAGACACAAUGUUCUACCUCCUGAUGCGUUGGUUUCAGCUGGUUCUGUUAAUUCUGCAUGCACUGCUGGUGGAGGGCAGUUGUAUAUGUGGGGCAAGAUAAAGUUUUCAAGCGAUGACUGGAUGUAUCCAAAGCCUUUGAUGGAUUUAAGCGGCUGGAAUAUACGUUGCAUGGAUUCAGGUUCUAUGCACCAUUUCUGUGGUGCUGAGAAAUCGUGUAUAAGUUGGGGCCAUGCAACGUAUGGAGAGCUUGGAUAUGGCCCUGAUGGUCAAAAGUCUUCUGCGAAUCCCAAAAAGGUUGAUAUACUAGAGGGUAUGCAUGUUGUCAGUGUUGCUUGUGGUUUGGGCCAUUCUCUAAUUGUUGUUGAUAGAACAAAUGUUGGUGACCGACUUGAACAGCUCAAUAUUUAUGAUGGCAAAGCUUCUGGUGAAGGGAGUGAAGAACCUGAGAGCAAAAAUCUAACUGUCAAGAAAACUGCAAAAAAGAAUGCUGCUAAGUCUUCUGCUAACUCAAAGAAAAGGAAGAAGGCUGAGGAAUCUGACUCUAAAGAAGAGGAAGAUAGCGAUCAUGAUGAUGACGGUAGUGAAGAGGAUGCUAAUGGCCAGCAAGAAGACGAGGGUAGGUCAGCUGGUAGAGGUAGAGGUCGAGGUAAGGGUGCGAAAAAACUUCCAAUGAAGGAGAAGAAAAGCACGGGGCGUGGGCGAGGACGAGGAUGGCUUCCUGUCGAGGAGAAGAAAAGUUCUCAGCAUGGCCAAGGGAGUGGGAAAGCAGGGAAAAGAGGGAGGCCUCGCAAGUGAUAGGCUUCUUCUCGUAUCCAAAUCGGAUUUUUUUUUCUUCUUUGC